AUGGAAGCGUCAAUUGUUGGUAUGACUGUCGUAACAAACAUUGCGGAUUGCAUAUUGGAAUUGGUGUCAAAUUCUUUAUACGCCAAUGCUACUUCAAUUGCGAUUCGGAUUCACAAUGCAAAACGUAAAAUUCAAGUAGUAGAUAAUGGUAUAGGAAUUCAAAAAGUACAAUUAAAAGAGAUUGCAGAAUAUAGUAAUAAGGAUAUGUUUAUUUAUUCAAAGGAUAUUUCCAUUAGGAAGAAACAAACAUUGACAGAUAUUCGUAAAUUGUCUAAUGCCAUGAUAAUUACUUCUAGAUAUUAUAAUUCGUCUGAAACGUACAUAAAGGUUUUUAAGGUAUGUCAUGAUCCAAUUAUUUGUACAGUUAAGAGAAGACCUUCUCAAGGUACCUCAGUCAGCAUUUAUGGAUUUCAUGAAUUAUCCUUAAGCAAAUGGAAUGUAGCCUUCAUGUAUCAUCUAAUUGGAAAUAUUGCUAUAGCUAAUCCACAAACUUCAUUUUCUGUUAGAGAUGAUCAAGAAAAAAAAGUUACCAUGAUCAUUACAAAGCCACACAAUCCAAUAGAUAUUUUUAAAUCAUUAUAUAAGAAAGAAGUAUUACUUCAUAAAAUAUGGUAUAUAAAAUCUAUGAAAAAACCUGAUAUCAAAUUUUAUGCGUACAUUGGAUUUUCUAAUUCUAACUUCAUUGCUUCUCAGUGUAUUUUUUUAAAUGACAAACUUGUUCAUUGUCCUAUAAUUUUACAAGUAGCCUCAACAACUUUUAUUAAUACAUUAAAAUUCUUUAAAAAACGACAUUGUCAGCAGAUACCAGAAAAGAGAGCAAUUUUUAUUCUAUUCUUCAUUAUGUCUAAUAAAUACAUCUUUACUAUAGAAAAUGGGAAGAAAACUUUAAUGUUUUCUGAUAUGCAAGAUAUAUUGCAAACUAUUAGAAAAAAAAUAAUAAAUAUUUUUACAAAAAACAUUAAACCUUUAUCAGUUGAUGUUUCAAGAUCUUGGAAGAAUUCUAGUAAGCAAGAAUUUAAAAAUAGUAACACACGGAUGAUAGCAGAUAAUUUGAUACAAUUACUUACACCUAUUUCACAAAAUAAUAAUUCUAACAAAGAGAACAAUCAAUUAAUUCUUUCUGAAUGGUCUAAUUGGUCAUAUUCUGUGAAUAUGAAACAGUUUGAAAAAAAUUCUUCAAAAUUUUACAAGCAUUUUGAUUUUUUACCAGAAAAAUUACAUAAACUGUUACGUGGAAAUAGAAAAUUGAUAAAAACUGAUAUUUUAAACGAAUAUACUAGAAAUUCAAUAAAAUUGAAAUCUGGAUUGCAAAUUCCAGAUAUAUUACCUCAUCAAGAAGUUGAUGUUCGUCCAUGUAAAACUGCUCAACGAUUUCGUGAAUUCAAACUGAAUAAAGAACUCAUAAAACUUAUUAAAAUAUUAGGACAAAUGAAUAAUGAAUUGAUAGUAGGAUUGAUAAUUCACAAUAACACAAAAAUGCUUUUAGUAAUGGAUCAACAUGCAGUUCAUGAAAGGAUAAGAUAUGAACAUUUAUUGUAUGGAUACAAAUCACAAAUGAGGAAUCAACUGUUCUCUAUUAAAUUAAAAGAUCCUAUAAUCAUACAACUGUCUGAAAAUAGUUGCAAUCUACUUCUUUCUUAUCAUAUGAUACUAAAGAGAUUUGGUAUAACUUUUAACGUAAUAGAUAACAACACUAUAAUGGUAUGUACAGUGCCAGAGUGUUUAAAAAAGAACAAGUACCAUUAUGAUGAAUUAAAGUUAAAGUUAAAUGUAAAGAAUCUUUUAAAUGAAUUACUACAAAAUUUAACAAGUUAUGAAUGCUAUGAAAUCACCAAUUUACCACCUACUAUUCAUAAUGCAAUUGCAAUGGAAGCUUGCCAUGGAGCUAUAAAAUUUGGAGAUCCACUAACAUUGAAAGAAUGUAAGCGGCUUCUGAAAUCAUUGACCGAAACAAAGAUCCCUACUCGAUGUGCUCACGGACGGCCAUCCAUAAUACCUUUAUUGGAAUUAACGGAUUUAAAAAGACGAAAUACAAAACUCGUUCAGGUAUGUACUACAUUUUUUGCAUACAGUAUUAGAGUCCGUUUAGAGAUACAUUUAAUUAAAAAAGUUCAGGUUUUGAUAUGUAUAUUUUUAAAAAAUUUUUCAAUUCCAUUCUACCCAGCAAAAUAA